UAUAUAUAUGUGUGUGUGCGCGCGCGUCCAUGUGUUCCUUUCAUUCUUUCUUAUGUUACUCAUUUUGAUGGUUAAUAUUCUUUAUGCCGAUCAAGUUUGUCCCUUCAAGACUCUAACUUUGCAAGAUGACACAAGAAAGUGUACAUUUUUAUCUCAGUAAAUGGCUUCUGCUUCUUUAUCCAUUUCCCUUCUCUAUCUCCUUUUUUUUUGUUUAUUGAUUCUUCCGAGAUGAAUUGUGGGUGGAAGGAUCAAACCAGCGAGACUCUUUGCAAGAACACAAGAAGGGAGAACACGAGUUAAGGCAGAAACUUAUGAAUGCCAGACAUGAACUUGAGAAAAUGAAAAAUGUCAAGGCAGAAUUGCUUGAUCUGUUGAACAUGGCAUACCAAGAGAGGGAUGAAGCAAGGUGUCAGUUACAGAAGCUGAUGAAUCCAUUCAUGCCCUCUAAUCCAACCCAUUUGCAAAACGUGUUUGAUAGCCAAAGUCAUCUCAUGUUCCCUUCUGCUAAGGCAAACUCAAGCAUAACAGAAUCUGACAAUAGUCUCUCACACGGUUCCUCACAAGUGGAUUCCUUUUUUGACACAGUCUCUUCUCCAGAGUUUACAAAUGUCAAUGCAGUUGACCCUAUUAACAUAAUGAGUUAUCUCAACCAGCAUGUGGUUCUUCAGGACUUCAAUUUCUCAGCACCGCAUGCUUUGAUGGUUCCUUCAGAAAAGCCAAUGUGUGACACUGCCGAUGCAGUUAUAGAUUGUCUUGCCAAAGACAGAGGUUUUCCCCAAAAGGGUAAAUUCGUUCAGGCUGUGAUGGAUGCCGGUCCAUUGCUCAAAACAUUGCUCCUUGCAGGGCCACUUCCUAAAUGGAGAAACCCCCCUCCUUUACAAAACAUCAAAGUUCCACCUCUUACCAUAAAAAAAUGUGAUGUCAAUAGCAUUGUGCCUAAUACUUUUGGAGACACUGGAAAUACGCUUCUGAAACCGCAGCUUCCAGCCUUGCAUUAUUUAAAUGCUACCUUCACGUGUUCAGCUUCUAUGCUUAACUUUGCUGGUCAAACCAAUGGUUCAUCGUACAAUACAUCGCAGUUGAAUUCAACUCCUGGUGUCAGCAUCCAAGUCCCUUCAAGCAAGCGUCUGAGGCAUCAAUGAUUUUGAUGGAUUUUUAUUCCCAAGUCCAUUUUUCCCCCAUGUGUAAAUGGAAUUACAGUGAUUGGUGUGUAAAUGGCACACCCUGCUUUUGAUUGAAGCAGCAUAGAUAGCCUUUUUGGUUUUAGUUAGUUAAAAAAUUCUUGGUAGCCCUCCAUUUGAAAGUUUAGGAAAAUUUAGACUUUAUAUUAUCAAAUCUGAUUUACAUCUCUGUGAUGUGAAACUUUUUGAGUGCCAAUAAUCAUCAAAGAGCAUUUUAUAUUGAACUAAAUCAGAAUGCAAGGUUUUCUACUC